AGUUACAUUCCCAAGUUUAUUUAUUAGGUUAUCAUUCUUGUUUAUUUCAAUUUUCGUAUUAUUUUACACUUAAGAAAUGCCUAAAUUGAGAAAACAAAGGCGUAGGAAAGUCUACAGACAUAAUGUUAAUAGAAAGAGACUGCGGAAUAAAAUUUUUGAUGCAGGAAAAAUAGAAUGUCAAGAGGUCAAAAAUGCUUGGGAAAAACAAAAAUCCGUCCAAACUAACCUCAAGCAAAUGGGUUUAUCAUAUGACCCUAAUCAAACUAUCAAAAUUCCCAACAAAAAGAAGGAGCUCAUAUGCUUGGGUGGAGGAACAGAAAAUUGGGAUAGAACAUCAGUUGAAGAACCUAUAGUAUUAUCGAAAAGUUAUGUUGCUGAAUCUUUGGAAAAUGAUGCGAAAGCUCCUAGGGAAAGAAGAUUCAAUUUACCGAAGGGGCAAUUAGAGCGCCUUUCAUAUUUGAUGAAAGCUUAUGGAAACGACUAUAAGGCAAUGGAACGAGACAAAAAGAAUUAUAAUCAAGAGACUUGGAAGCAGAUACGACAAAAAAUUAAAAGGUUCAUAAGCAUAGCGGAAAAAAAUAAUAAAUAUUUAGAUGGAAUAGAUUUAAGUUUGUAUGAAUUUAGCAAUAGUGUAUCAGAUGAUGAAAUGUAGAAAAUAAAAUUUUGAAAUGAGAGUGACAACAAGAAAUGAUGAAUUUUUCGAAGUCAUAUAUAAAGAUGUUGAAUUAUUCAGUUUUUCCUGGAAGAGAUGUUUCUAACCAAAAAUCUAACAAAAUAUGUAUAAUAGUAUAUUUGAACAGACCUCAUUGUAUCUUCCUUGAGUUUUUUGUAAAUAAUCUUAAUUUUCAUCAUCUAGUUGAACUGAAUGUUCUAUAUUGAACGUUAGAUUGAAUAAAUAUUGGGUAUUUUCACAUGAUAUUUCAUGGUUCACAAUAUAUUCCACAGCAAGAUUCUCUAACAUUAUAACAUAAAAUACCUGCUCUUUUUCAAGUGAUUGCUUUCUUAAGAUUUUUCGUAUAGUAUGAAAACGCUUAAAUGAAACACGUGUUGCGGUUUUGUAAACUGUUCAAUGAAAGUCUCAGUGAAUAUUACAAUAUGUAAAAAAUAUUAUUCUGGGUACACCACAAAAAAGCGAAAAGCUAUGGACUUUAAGUACAUGUCACCAAUUUCAUUCAACCGGUAAAAUAUGCAAAUGUCUGUUAUGUCAAUAACUGUUGUAUGAUUUUAUCAUAAAAUAAAUAUUACCAUUAUA